GAUUGGUACUAUUGAAUAUCGUGCUCGAGGGUAAAGUAUUUUGCUAACUGUGAUUAAGUUAUCUACUACAAAGUCCAAAUGUAUCGGAAAAAUAAACAGUGGGCACUGUUCAGAAAUACAAAUAAAAGCGAGUAUUGCGCAUUAUUCAUGGCAGUUAUUUUCGCCACAAUAGGUGGUGCUUUACUACCCGUUCAUUCUCUUAUACUGAGAGGUGUAGUGAAUGACUUCACAGAGGAAAUUUUUCGAAAGGAAAGCAUCUUUGUAUACUCGAAAUGGUUCGCUCUUGUGGGUGUUACAGCACUGUUAUUAGCAUUCGGUCAAGAUUUCUUGAUCAAUGUGUUCACAAUCAGGCAAAUUAAUCGAAUUCGUUUGCUGUAUUUCAGAGUAAUGUAUUGUUUUUAGUUUUUUCAAAUUAUGAAUAUUUCGGAAUAAUUUUCUCAUUGAAGUUUAUUGUUCGUUUCAUCUUGAUUUAGUAUCUAGGUUGACGUUUACUUUGAAAUCAACGGAUGUUUACUUUUUUCAAGCGAAUUCAUAAAGGUUUAUGUCUCAGAGAUUGUUAUAUGCUAACGUAUAAUUGACAACUAUCCAUUGUUAGUCAAGUCGUAACUUUGUUUAAAAUUCAUCUACUAGCUUCAACCGUUGUUAGGUUUAUUCAAUACAUUUGAGGAUGGAAUAAAGUGAAAGCAAAUAUCGAGUUAUAUUAUUGGUUUGUGUAACUAUAUGUCUAUCUUAAUUCACCUACAUAGUUUACUUGGAGAGAAAGUUAUACUUACAACAAAUGAAAGUGAAUGCUUAAUAAAUGAACAUGGUCCAUUAUCGUAAUAACAAUUCACUACACGAUUGUUUUUUGACAGCUAUUUAAUCUAACUUUGUAAUUACAUCAGUGCUAGCAGUAAGUCGGCUAUGUUUUUACUAUUUACGUUUUCUGGAGCAUUAUGUUACAGGAAUUAUUUUUGACAUAAAACAUAUUAGUAUUAGAUAACGUUUUAUUAAGGAAGAAUGAUAGUUUGAAUGAAGACCUACUAGAAUCGCAUUUCUCAUUCCAUAAAGCAACUCAGAACGAAUCCAUUUUUGAUGUUAAUCUCUAUGAGACUGAAGAAAGCAUGUUUACUUAAAUACUUUUUGAAAAUUGGUCUUAGUUUUUAAACGACAGUGAAGGAGCAGCUAAAUGUACAGCAAAUAUUUUCCAGAGCAUUCCAACACAGAGUUGGUAUUUUAUAAGGAAGGUAUUGAUAUAAGUAAUUACUAAAUAAUGCUACAUAUGCCCCAUAUCCCUAUUUUUGGGGAGCCAAAAUAGAAAACUUUGGGAAAUGACAGAAAAACUCCAAAAUUUCCACAAACUUUGAGGAAAACUAACAAACCUCUCACGACUUUGGGGAAAACCCAAGAUUUACCCAAAAUUCCCCAGAAUGGUGAGAUUGGGUAGUUCUGGAGUUCAUAAUGGUCUUGAGAAAAAAAUUAGUGUUCUUGAUGAUAGAAAAAACAGUAAAUCCACUGCCAGGAGGACAAAGUGUUAAGACUUUUAUUGUAGCCAUGUUAGGGUCAUAUAAAAUAUCUUGCUACGUGAUAAUCUAGUUUUUACGUUCCGGAAUCGCUCCCCCUUUUCAUUCGGUAGUUUUGUUAACGGUAAGUUUAAUUGAAACUGUAGAUCAUUUUCUCGUUCAAACAAUUUGCUGAAAAAUGUCUAGGAUUUCGUUGCUUAUGUGAGGCGUUUGGUGUAAACUCAUCGGGCUGUAACACUUUUAAACUGUAACUCUAUUAAUGUCUUCUAACAUAUCUAGUAGAAGAUAGGACUCAUUGAUGUUAUGUUUGUGUAAUUUUACAAAUGGGGUUUGAGCAGAUCCAAAUAAUGAUAUCAGUAGAUUUUACCAAAAAAUAGUGUUUUUUACAUAUACAUAUGAAAGUGUGUAUACGUAAAUUCAGCUAUAAAAUCAACUCACGAUGACACUGUAGAGGCGUGCAAAAAGUAAGUGAUUAAGAAAAUAAUAGUGAACUUUUAUGCACAAACUUAAAUAUCGGGAUGCAAACUAGGUGAGAUCUAUUUUGUCUCGAAGUAAAGAUCUAUACUUUGAAUAACCGAGGCAUCAAACAUUGUGGUUAUUUCUCACAGAAGUAAAUUUUCGGUUGUUUGAUAUUCCAAUCGGUUUAUAUUUAAUGACAAGCGUUUCCAACUGUUAUUUUUUAGAGCAUUUUACGCCAGGACAUUGCAUGGUUUGAUGAACAAUCAUCUGGAUCACUAAUCAGCACACUAUCUCACAAUAUAAACAACAUUCAACUAGGGAUGGGAUCAACAUUGACUGAUUUCAUAAAAAACUUGUCUGGAUUCAUAGUAGGCAUUAUAAUUAAUUUUACAGUGGGGUGGAAACUUGCCUUGGUUGCUUGCGCUAUACUGCCUAUCAUUGGUGCGGUCUUUGGGUGUUUUGGUUUUCUGAUGAAAUAUUUCACCCUUAAGGAAAUAGUUGCAUACACACGUGCUGGUGCUGUUGUCAGUGAAGUUUUAGAAGCUAUACGCACUGUUGUUGCGUUUGGUGGAGAGAAAAAAGAGUUGAAACGAUAUCGAGAGCAGCUGGGAACGGCAGAAGAAGCUGGGCUAAAGAAAGUAGUAGCAUCAGGUGCAGUCAAUGGGACCAUUGGACUGACUGUGUUUUGUUCUACUGCCAUACUAUUUUGGUAUGGCUUUAAAUUGAUAGUAAAGGAAGAUUAUGAUGCUGGAGCUAUUGUGACGAUUUUCGUGAAUGUUCUUUUAGGAAGCGUUUUUCUGGGUAACGCUCUACCAAGUUUUCAAUAUUUUAUGAACGCACAGGCGUCAGCCACUGAAAUCUAUAGUAUUAUCGAGCGUACCCCAGAAAUUGACAAAAACUGUCACGGGAGGCUCAUUCCGAACUUUUCUGGCAACGUCACAUUCAGCAAUGUUUCUUUCGCAUACCCAAGUCGACCAGAUACUGCCGUUUUAAAGAAUUUUAAUUUAAGCAUCAAAAGUGGGCAAACUGUGGCAUUGGUUGGACCGAGCGGUUCAGGGAAAAGUACCGUUAUUCAUAUGUUGCAAAGAUUUUAUGACCCAACGAAAGGCAAGGUACUAAUUGAGAAUGAGGACAUCAAGAAUGUGGACCUGAAAGCUUAUCGUAACCAGAUAGGCUGUGUACAACAAGAACCGGUUCUUUUCGAAGGAACUAUCAGUGACAAUAUAAGGUUAGGAAAGCUUGAUGCAACUCAGGAUGAGAUAGAAGAAGCUGCGAAGCUUGCCAACGCUCACGGAUUCAUUCAACAACUCCCAGAUGGAUACGACACUUAUGUGGGUGAACGAGGUGGCGGAAUGUCAGGCGGUCAGAAGCAAUGUAUAGCAAUUGCUCGAGCUCUAAUUAGAAAACCAAGGUUGCUGCUGUUGGAUGAAGCAACGUCUUCACUUGACGCGAAAUCAGAACGUGUUGUCCAAAUGGCUUUGGAUAGAGCGAUUGAGGGGAGGACUGUGGUAGUUGUUGCUCAUCGUCUUACAACAGUUCGUAAUGCGAAUUUGAUAGUCGUGCUUGAUAAGGGGGUAGUUUGCGAAUCUGGGACACACGAUGAACUUGUUGCUGGAAAGGGUCUUUAUGCAGCGAUGCUUAGUAACCAGAGAAUAUUGGAAAGUGCUGAGAACGAUGAUAGUGAAUUAUUUGAUGAAGGAUCUCGAAAUAAAUAUGUUGUCAGUGGAAAAGACUUGUUGACAAAAUUAGACGAUGUUUAUAAAAUGGAUAAUGGUGAGGAUAGUAUAUCUGAAACAACUGGAAAUGUUCCUCAUGCGAAUUUUUCCCUUAUUUCAACAAUUUCAGUUCUACGUAAUCAAAAAAAGGAUAUCAAAUUUUCCCCAACAUUAAGGAUUUUAAAACUUAAUAGACCUGAACUACCUCUGAUAGUUUUAGGGUGUAUUUGCUGUGUGAUUAGUGGGACCACUCAACCAGCUUUUGCAAUUCUGUAUACUGAAAUGUAUAGCAUUUUUCCUUUGCGAUCUAAUCCAGAUCUGCUGUUUAGUCGACUUACUGUUGUAUGUGGGAUGAUGGUGGUGAUUGGCAUUCUACGUUUCGUAGCUAACAUCAGUCAGAGCUUAUUUUUUGGAAAAUCAGGCGGUAUAUUAAUUAGUCGCAUACGAUUAAAAGUUUUUGAGAGCAUGCUAAAUCAGGAAGUAGGAUGGUUUGAUAAACCGGAGAAUCAACCAGGAAUAUUGACUGCAAAACUGGCCAAUGAUGCUAUGAGAGUGACAAUGAUUUCAGGUUCACAAUUGGGUUUCAUCAUAGAAGCUGUAGCAUUGAUGGCUAUGUCUUUUGUGGUUUCAUUUAUCUACAGUUGGCAACUGACUCUUCUAAUACUAGUCUUCUAUCCACUUAUUGUCAUCGGAGGAUUUUUCCAGAUGCGAACACUUUCAGGAAGCAGUAGUAUUCGGAAUGCUAAUGAAUCAAUGAGAAUUGCUCAAGAAGUGAUUGGCUCAAGCUACACAGUUACUGCAUUUACAUUAGAAGAUUACUUCUUUAAACGUUUUGAAUCUCAUGCAGUUGAAAAUGUAAAGAAAAACUUGAAAACGAUAUUUUUCAAUGCCAUUAUGUACGCUAUCGCAGAAAGUGUAUUGUUUUUCUCAGUAGCUGCUGCGUAUUCACUUGGUGCACACUUGGUUUCAACAAAAACAAUAACGGUUUUAGCAGUGUUCAGGGUUUUCGUAACUAUCCAUUUGAGUGCUCAAUCUCUUGGUCGUACAGCUACACUAGUUUUGGGUACUAAGGCAGCAGGUUCAGCUGCGAAAUGUAUUCUUGAAAUUCUGGACAGAAAACCUCUUAUUUCAACUAACAUAGGGAUUGUACCACAUGAAAAAUUCAAAGGGAAAAUUUCGUUCAAGAACAUUGAUUUCAAAUAUUCCGCUCAAACUGAGAGACGGGUUCUUAAGAACUUUUCACACACUGUUGAACCUGGUCAAACGGUUGCAUUAGUUGGACCUUCUGGUUGUGGGAAAUCAACACUGCUUCAGUUAGUAUUGAGAUUUUACGAUCCAUCAUACCAUGGUCCCGAUAGUGGCGUGUUUUUCGAUGAUAUCAAUAUUAGAGAUAUUGCACCUAGUUGGGUUAGAAAACAGAUUGGUCUUGUUUCACAAGAACCCACUUUAUUCGAUCUCACCAUAAGAGAGAAUAUUGCGUAUGGAGACAAUAGUCGAGAAGUGACAAUGGAAGAGAUUAUUGAGGCAGCACGUGCAGCUAACAUCCAUGAUUUUAUUACAACACUUCCAGAGCAAUAUGAAACCAAAGUUGGACAACGUGGAACGAAGCUAUCUGGAGGACAGAAACAGAGGAUAGCCAUUGCACGAGCUUUAGUUCGUAAACCUGUUUUACUUGUGUUGGACGAAGCCACUUCAGCUUUAGACAAUGAGAGUGAGCGUAUAGUUCAAGAAGCUCUUGAUGCUGCUAUGGGGUCGAGAACAUCAUUAGUUGUUGCCCAUCGUCUAUCGACAAUUGUCAAUGCUGAUUUGGUAGUAGUUUUACAGGAUGGAUGUAAGAUAGAGUCUGGACCUCCAGCAGCAUUGCUCGCUAAGAAAGGAGCUUUCUAUGCAUUGCACCACAUGGAGAAUUAAAUCAACUCAUCAAACUCGUUCAUCAAUACACAUCUUUUUGGUGUUUUUAUUUUGAUAUAAUAUUAUUAAUAUUUUAUCUUUUUUUAAACUGAUAUUCGAUAGGAAAUAGGGCGAAUUAAGUAUCGUGUGUUGGAUUACUAUUGUUAUAUAUUUCCUAAUUUUUAGUUAUCAGGAGUAAUUUAUAUGACAAAAAUAUUCAUUUAUCAGUUUAUUUUCAGCACAAUAUACGAAACUGUACAUGUGCUUUUGAAAAUGCAAGUUGUGUACCAUACAUUCUUUACAGCUCUUAUUUUAUGGUUAUUGUUAAACAUACCAGUGACAAAGAUCGAAGCUAUUAAAUAUUUAUAAAACCUCUGGAAUUAAAAUUAAAUGCUUGUAACAUUUUGCCGGUCAGUUGGACCUAAGCUUCAGUGAGAUUAUCGAAACCGUCGAAAACACAUAUGGUCAAAAAUAAAUCUGGACCACAUAUCUGUCGAAACACGCUGAUUGUCUACAUCUGUUUAGGUUAUGGUUAAGAUGAAUUCAAUGUGAAUUGCUUUCAAAUCUUGAUGCAUAAUGUUUUUUGUCGGUAUGUGUAUGCUACCCUUAUCGAAUUUUCACUGAACAUUUGACGUCUUAUCUUAUAGUCAGUAUAGUACUCGAAUUUUUUGUCAUGAUGAAAUUACGCUUUCAACUUAAGCAAUUAUGUUGUGGUAUCUCGCCGUCUUUCUGGAUGGCAAGGAGAAAGCGACAGCUUUGAGAAGACCCAUAAUAUAGGACAUAAAUAGAAUCAGAUUCAGAAAUGUUAGCGGAGACUUUUGUGACACAAAUAUUUUCUCCAGGUAAAAUAUACCUUGCUUACCGACCCUAAAAUUUUACAGCCUAACUUUGUUUUUCUGGUGGGUAAGCCAAUUUACACUACAAACCGUCUUCAAAGAUGGCCUGUUUUUGAAUUGUAUGUUUAAUGUCGAAUGAAAUUGUAAAUGUAAGUUUUUUCAUGUAAGUGUUCCAUUGCUUUUAAAAACGUCAACCGAAUCCUCUUGACUCAAUAGGAUUACAGCAAUAUGUAACGAAAUCUAUAGGUCACAGCUACCAUUAUUGGAUAAAUUUUAUGAAUAGAUCAAAGAACCAGUGUGUUAAUGAAGUAAUUGUUCUAAAGCUUCGAACAAACAUUGAAAGCCCAACAGGAUUUUUGGUCAGUUUCUACUAACACGCAAUCUCACUCAUGUUGACCUACUACGAUCGCUUCUUUCCACUCAUGAUUUGUCUAUCAGCAAUAAAUACCGACGCUCAAAACAUAAAUACUUACUCAAAAAUAACCGUUUUUCAUAGGUAAAUAGAAACACUUGAAAAAUAGCGUACAAUUCUCAUUGGAACUUAGCUUUUGAGGUCAUGAAAUUGAAAAAACAAAGUGUUUGCUAAUCAUAUUUAUUUUGAUCAUUUCCCACUCUUUCGUUUAGAACAUAUGUGUAUAGAAUAAAGUUAACAUUAACAUUUAUUCUAUUAUUUGUAACUCAAUCUAUUGGUAUGAAUCAGUUGAUUGAUAGGACAAAUGGAUCCGAUUUGAACUGCUACGUCAUGAGUACAUAACGAAUAUAAUUAUUACUCAAUGAGUCUCACAAAUAUAAGACAAGAAUACCUACUUUGAGACUAAUUAUAAUUAAUAGUGAACAUAAUAAAGUUCCAUUUAUAGAUAUGUAUAUAUUUUUUAACAAAGUUAAAAUUACAAUAAAAAAACUAAUGAAAUAUUUUAUAAUGACUAGCCAAACGGUACAAUUAGUUAUUAAAAGGGGUUUCUUGAAAAUUUUAGUAAUUUUAUAUAGUUGAAAUCAUGAGUCAUUUGAAGCUAGACCACCAUGGAAUACCUGGAAGCACUCGACGGCCGUUUCGUUCUCUUGUAGGACUCCUCAGCGGUGGGCAUCCACGAUCCUACCUCGAGAGAUUUGAACUCAGGAUGAAGGCUCAAUGGUCUAGUGGUUAAGCGUUUACGCCCGAGACUGAUAGGUCCUUUAUAUUUUCCCUCCUUGAUUAAUUGAAUUUAAUUAUAUAACCCUUUUGUAUUAGAUAUAAAUAUUGGUAUAUUUUACUUAUUUAGCUACUAUAAUCAUCAUUUGAAAAUGUAUUACCUUAGUAACUACAUUAAUUACAAUUUAAUGAUAUAUUUCAUUAAUGGGAAUUAAUUAAACACUAAUAAAACUAAUCAAUAAAUUUAUUUAUAAAUUUUUC